AUGGACAAGGGGACAGGUGCAGCCAAUGACACGCAAGCUCCUAGCUCAGACGACCUCACCGCCGCCCUCGAGCUCGACUUUAUCGCCUCCAAAUUCGUUAACAACAACAAUUUCGACAUUACAACCUUCAAUCCUCAUCAUGAUGAGCUCAAUUACGACAUCCAGAAUCCAGAGCCUGGAAACAUCUUCCGUAACUUCGACAUUGAGUCCUUCCAUCAAGACGCAUUCGAUCUGGGUGUUGCCGGGGUUGGAAACUCGGACCAGGAGGUCAGCAUGAGUUUCGGCGACAGACAGCCCAUGAACGGGGGCUUCGAUGAACCGGAUGUUCUCAUGUUCUCCGAGGUCUUGAGAGAUGGCGAACCAAUAAGCCACCUGAUCAACCAGGGCCAGAAUUUCACCACCCAGACCUCCCAGCAGACCUCCCAGCAUUCUGAUCCGACAACGCCAGCCAAGAUCGGAACACGUUUCUCAUCUAACCAAUACACGGAGACGAACGCGGUUCAAAGUACCGCCAAAGCGACCGCCGUCUCCAGCUAUCACGUCAGCGAGGGCAUCACCAAUUGA